AGAGCCCGACAUGGAGGAACGCGGAUCGCCCGAUGGGGACCCCGCGAGGAGCCUGGAGCAGGGGCCAGAAGGGCCAGAAACGCCCAUCCAGGUGGUGCUCAGGGUGCGACCCAUGAGCACGGCCGAGCUGCGUCGAGGGGAGCAGAGCGUGCUGCACUGCUCUGGGACCCGGACUCUGCAGGCAAGGGACCCCUCCCCACUCCCAACAAAACCUACUCCGGGAACCUGGGUCCCUUCCUCCAACCAGAUUUGUCCUAGACCUCGCCCUCCCCAAGGUGCUCCUUCCUUACCCAGUGUCCUGCCCUCCAGGGUACCCCGCCCUCCCCCAGGCCACGCCCGCACCUUCUUCUGCAGCUUCUCCUGCACUGUCUUCACCUUUGGCCAGACUGGCUCCGGGAAGACCUAUACCCUGACUGGACCCCCUCCCCAGGGAGAGGGGGUGCCCGUGCCCCCAAGCCUGGCUGGCAUCAUGCAGAGGACAUUCGCGUGGCUGUUCGACCGCGUGCGGUACCUGGGUGCCCCUGUCAUCCUUCGAGCUUCCUAUCUGGAGAUCUACAAUGAGCAGGUUCGAGACUUGCUGAGCCUGGGGUCUCCCAGGCCCCUCUUGGUUCGCUGGAACAAAGCGCGGGGCUUCUACGUGGAACAGCUGCGGCUGGUGGAGUUUGGGAGUCUGGAGGCCCUGAUGGAACUUCUGCAGACGGGUCUCAGCCGUCGAAGGAGCUCAGCACACACCCUGAACCAGGCCUCCAGCCGAAGCCAUGCCCUGCUCACCGUCUAUAUCAGCCGCCAUGCUGCCCAGCAGAUGCCUCCUGUGGACCCCGGGGAGCCCCCAGUUGGUGGGAAGCUGUGCUUUGUCGACCUGGCCGGCAGUGAGAAGGUAGCAGCCACGGGAUCCCGUGGGGAGCUGAUGCUGGAAGCCAACAGCAUCAACCGUAGCCUGCUGGCCCUGGGUCACUGCAUCUCCCUGCUGCUGGACCCUCAGCGGAAGCAGAGCCACAUCCCUUUCCGGGACAGCAAGCUCACCAAGUUGCUGGCUGACUCGCUGGGGGGGCGUGGGGUCACCCUCAUGGUGGCCUGCGUGUCCCCCUCAGCCCAGUGCCUUCCGGAGACUCUCAGCACCCUGCGAUAUGCAAGCCGUGCUCAGCGGGUCACCACCCGGCCGCAGGCCCCCAAGUCUCCUGGGGCAAAGCAGCACCAGCGUCUGGAGAAGGAGAUGCUGCAGCUCCAGGAGGAGAACCGCCGCCUGCAGUUCCAGCUGGACCAAGUGGACCACAAGGCCCUGGGUCUCGGUGGGGCCCGGGUGGCCUGGGCCCAGCGGAACCUCUAUGGGAUGCUGCAGGAGUUCAUGCUGGAGAAUGAAAGACUCAGGAAAGAAAAGAGCCAGCUUCAGAGCAGUCGAGACCUGGCCCAGAAUGAGCAGUGUGUCCUGGCCCGGCAGGUCCAGGAGCUGGAGAGGCGACUCCUCUCUGCCUGCUGUCGUCACCUGCCAGGCCCUGGCCUGGUCCCACAGUGUCCUUGCUUGAUGGUCCCAGCUCCCCCCUGCCACGCCCUUCCGCCCCUCUGCUCCUGCCCCUGCUGCCACCUCUGCCCCAUGUGCCGCACACCCCCAGCCCACUGGGCCUGCCCGCAGAGGGAGCACCGCCUGCCGCAGGUGGUGGUCCCUGAGGCACCGGGCAGCAGGCCCCCAUCUGCCCGACCCCCACCCUGGGCACCCCCUUGCAGCCCUGGCUCUGCCAAGUGCCCGAGAGAGAGGAGUCACAGCGCCUGGACUCAGACCCGAGUCUUGGCAGAGAUGCUGACUGAGGAGGAGGUGGUACCCUCUGCACCCCCUAUGCCCAUGGGGCCCCUGAACACAUCACCGGUGCUGAGAGGUGGGGCAGGUGCUCCAAACCUGGCUCAGAGACUGGAGGCCCUCAGAGACCAGAUUGGCAGCUCCCUGCGACGUGGCCGCAGCCAGCGCCCCCUCACCAAGGAUGCACGGAGCCCAGGCCGGGCCCUCCCUCCCUGCUGA